CGUAUCGUACACACAUCGACACCAAAGUUAAGGCUGAGCGAGUUUGUGCCCACGAACGGUAAAUACUAGCAGUGGCAUAGAAGUGAGCGGCAUAUAUCGACAGAACAAUUUGGACGAUUACUAUCACAAGUUUUAUCUUGUCUUGCGUAUACUUGCAUGCAGCCGGGGCUGCUAAAAGGCUCUGGACCUGUAAUCUGAAGUAUUAGUCGCUGUGCGACAAGAGAAUUCUGCAUACAAUCCUCUACAAAGUGGCUUAUAUCGAGCAAACCCGACAACAUCACGAUGUUAUCCUCAAUAUUACUAGCCGUCAUCACUUCGACACUAGCAGCAGCCCAUACAAUCAUCACAUAUCCAGGAUGGCGAGGAGACAAUCUCAUCACAAACAGCACAUGGCCGUACGGCAUGCAAUGGACUUAUCCAUGCGGCGGCAUACAAUUAACAACAAACAGGUCGUACUGGCCGACCACUGGUGGCGCUGUCGCAUUCCAGCCAGGUUGGUUCCAGGGACACCAAACGGCGUUCCUCUACAUUAAUCUUGGCUUCGGUACCACAGGGCCGGACGGAGGCCCUGAAAACAUGUCCUUCCCCAUGAUUGCGCCGUUCCAGAUCCUCGGCCCCUCGAAGGGACCGUACCCAGGGACGAUGUGCCUGCCACAGGUGCCCCUGCCGUCAAACAUGAGCUUCAACGCCGGCGAUAACGCGACGAUACAAGUCGUUGAGAUCGCACAACAUGGCGCAGCCUUAUUCUCGUGCGCCGACAUAACCUUCGCUGAGCCCGGCGACGAGAGAAUCGCCAAAGUCAACGAGUCCAACUGCUUCAACAGCACCGACAUCGGAUUCGCCGAGAUCUACACCGUCACCACCAAGGAAAUCGGCGACGCCGCCAACAUACCCACCAGCGCCGCCACCUUAUGGUCUGCCUGGAGCUGGCUCGGCUAUCUGCCCGUCAUCGCCUGCUCGUUGUGGUUCUCGAUAUGAGCUCACUCGAUUUGAUGGAUUUUCCCGUCUCUCCUACUCACCUACUCACGACGACGACGAUGAUAGGGAUGGACGAAGACUCGAAGACUAGGAACGAAGCGA